AUGGGAGAAAAUGUCGUAUGGUAUCUGAAAGCUGAAAACUCACAAUCGAAACUGCUAUGGAUGAGAUCAGUAGUGAGAGAAACGGUUCAAAAUGAUUCCGAUUAUAGUUCAACAAGCACCAAGAGUCAUUCACGAAAUCCAUCAGUGUCAUCAGCUCUUGCCUCGAUUAAUCAGAAAGCUGACGAUAAUGAAUCAACAAAGUUAUUUUCCACAAAACUAUCCGAACUCGAAGCGUACCGAACUAUGUGUAAAGAUCAAAUGACGUCAAUUGAACGUCUUCUGGAACAAGGAGGAGCUAGUUGUAUUGUUCCUCAGGCAACGAUAUUAUCAGUGAAAGCAACUCAUCUGGCUCUAAUUGUAAACAUCAAUCAUAUUGUGGAUCUUGUUAAAACAUCGAAAAUUGUGAUUCCAGAAACAACCUCAUCAAAGUCGGUAACUCCUCCAUCUUCUUCAACACCUCCACCACAACGAGAACCUCUUUGUGCUACUAGAAGUGUAUCUUCUUCAGGUCUCCGUCGUGAAUCAACGGUCGAUCAGGAAUAUAUGUCAGAUGAUAAUUCGACAAUGACGGCGUCAACAAUACUUGCUAGGCCCGAUAUUGAUGUGACGAGUGAUUGUGACGAAUUUUUCGACGCUGAUGAAUUUGAUGUAGAUUCCAAAAAUGAUGAUGCUUCAGAGAAGAAAACCGAAGAAACUGUCGACACCACUUUUGAAGAUAAAGAAAAUGGGAAUACUGUAGUUGAAGACCGGAUACCCAAGAAGCCAAGCUUCCGAAUCGAAGGAAACCCGCCAACUGGGCACUAUGACGACUUGCUGGUGAGCCAAGAGCACACUCUUUUCUCUACAAUCGAUAAGCUUGCAGUUGAGCAGUUGAAAUAUGCUCUCGCUGGUGUAGAAGAUAAUGUAUGGAGUUUAUUCGCUGAAGAUGGUAAAAUGAGAAUGUACACUCGACAGAUUGAAGAUGAGGGAGGUCUUCCUGUAGACCCACUCAAAGCCACACAUUCAGUGGAUGGUGUCACCGCUCUUGAAUUUAUGCACUAUUUCUACGAUGCUCGGUACAAAAUGCUGUGGGACCAUACAUUAGAAGCAAUGAGUGUUGUAGAACACAUCUCUCCAGAUUCAGUAGUUCUUCAUCAAAAACAUAAAACAGUGUGGCCAGCAGCACCAAGAGAAUCUCUAUUCGUAUCCCAUAUUAGAAGAGUCGAUGAACAUAAAAGAGACGGAGCUCACGACUUGUACAUUGUCUGUAAUACAGAUGUAAAAAGAGAGGAUGUUCCGCUUAGCAGCUCCUCAGCGGUUCGAGUUGGAUUGACGGUCUCAAUGAUUUGCGAGACAAUAGUGAAAGAUCCUCAUGUCGAUAGAAAGUUAUCAAGAGAUGAUAUCAAAUGUAAUAUUAUAUAUGUGUCUCAAGUUCAUCCUGGAGGAUGGGUUCCAGUUGCUGCACUUCGACACGUCUAUAAAAAAGAAUAUCCAAAGUUUUUGAGAACUUUCACUGAGUUCGUCAAGAAAAAUGUGAAUGGAAAACCGAUCAGCAGGAAAGAAAACAUUGGAAUUGUGAUCGUGUUGAACAAAGUUGAAGAUGAAAAAGAAUAUCAGAUGGCGUUAGAUACCGUAAGAUGCUAUGGUCGUUAUUUCAAGUACGAUGUCCAUGUAAUUCAUGUAGAAAAGGAAGAUGUCAUUGAAAAAAAAUGUCAGCAGAAAGAUUUCAUGUUUCGUCGUCAUUGUAUUCUUUCUUUGAAAAUGCUGUCCAUUUCGAACACUUGGCUACUAUUCCUGGAUGGUGACAUGGGCGUGAUUAACCCAAAUCAUUUGAUAGAAGAUUACUUAUCAGUGGAUAGAAAUACUCAAAUCGUGUUGUACAAUCGCAUUAUGAAUCACGAAGUUAUGGCAGGUUCCUAUUUGGUUCGCAAUUCUCAUUGGUCACGGCGUUUUCUCAUGUUCUGGGCAAAUUUCGAGAAGAAACUUCCACGGUCCUUCCAUGGAUCUGAUAACGGAGCAAUUCAUAGUGUGAUCCUGAAUCAAGCAUUGCCGUCGAUCAAACCGAAGUUGGAUAUCUGUGAGAAUGAAUUUUGGAUCAAGUCGACGGACUACGAAAGCUUAUCAACUUAUGAAGUUUGUGCACAAGAACUGAUAAAAAAUGUUUCAAUUCCAGAAAUUAAAAUUCUUCCAAAGGGACGAUUUGCAUGGGCUCGAGAUGGAUGGCUGACGGAUUCAAUUUGGUCCGAUACCGAUUUCAUAUUUCAUGGAUGGCAAAUCAAAAGAAAAGACAAGUUGAUCUUCGGCAGAUGGCACUCACCCCUAGUCUAUGUGGACCCUUGGAAUUUGACAACGUGCUCGGAUAAAGAAGCAUGGAAAAAUUGGAAAUACCGAGAUACGUCCAUGGCGAGUAUUGUGGAUGUCGAUAGAAAAAUAUUCGGAAAAAUUCAAGAAGAAAGAAAAAAUUAUGAAGAGCACUUGCAAAUCAUUUCAGACCAUUUGCAGUUCGAAUAG